AUGAAUGCCCUGGGUGAUGUAUCUCCUCACACGGGCCCCACGCAGCUCGCUGCUGGCCAUGCGCCUCCGACUCCUCCACACGAAGAUCCUCUCGAUGAUAUCUACGGGUCCGCGCCAGGAUCACCAAGUCUCUUAGGAGUCGAUCCACUGAAUCUCGAUCACCCACGCGAACGUACACACGAAAUCCUCUCUGAUCUUCCAUCUCGCCAACGAGCACUCGACACAGAUGCGUACCGUGAAGGUCUUUCAAAUAGCAAAGGGCAAUACGUGCAGGAGGGCUUCGAUGAAGGCUACUCGCUGGGCGCAAAUCUUGGCAUACGCGUAGGCUAUAUUCUAGGUGUCUUGCAAGGAUUCGUUGCAGCCUGGAGGGGCAGUAACGACAACCUCUUUAAAGACACGAAGAAGGUCUACGACACAGCGCAGAAGGAAUUGGCUAUACAGGAGCUUCUCAGCCAGCAGUGGGUAACUGAGGAAGGCAUCUGGAACUGGGAAGUUCACGGAGUGGAAGAUGAUCCUACCUUCCGGGAAGUUGCCGAGCAGCAUCCCGUGGUUCGAAAGUGGACAGCGACUGUUGAAAGUAUGGCUGCCCAGUGGGGCGUCGAUUUGCAGGCCGUGGAGAAGGUACACGGAUCGAACGAGGAGGAACAAUCAUGA